ACGUCGAGUUCGAUAAACGUCUUCGGUAAAGAGGGAGAGGGGGGUUGGAGGACCAGAUUUAAAAUAUGAGAUUAUGACCGGGUCGCGUUUAUAACCCAGACGACAGCGAUCCGUUUCGAUCGCUCUUGGGUUUUUUAGCUGACUGAGGUGUAUGAGGAGUGACGGAGAAAAGCGUUUUACCUUGAUAAGGUAGCGAAGGAAGGGAAAGUAGAAAGGGGGCUGUUGCUGGAUAUUUGGAGAAGGAAAACAACAUGGCCGCUGUGGAGCUGGAGUGGAUCCCUGAGACCCUGUACAACACCGCUAUAUCAGCCGUAGUGGAUAAUUACAGUCGGUCGCGACGGGACAUACGCUCACUUCCUGAAAAUAUCCAAUUUGACGUCUACUACAAGCUUUACCAGCAAGGCCGGCUUUGCCAGCUGGGAGGGGAGUUCUGUGAGCUUGAGGUCUUUGCCAAAGUCCUCCGAGCCUCUGACAAAAGGCACCUCCUACACCACUGUUUCCAGGCACUAAUGGACCACGGCGUGAAAGUGGCUUCAAUCCUGGCCAACUCCUUCAGCCGUAGAUGCUCGUACAUUGCCGAGUCAGACGCUCAUGUUAAAGAGAAAGCCAUCCAAUUUGGCUUUGUUUUAGGUGGCUUUCUGUCAGAUGCCGGAUGGUACGGGGACGCAGAGAAAGUCUUCCUCUCGUGUCUCCAAUUGUGUAUGUUACAUGAUGAGAUUCUGCACUGGUAUCGUGCACUGGAGUGCUGUGUGAGGUUGCUUCACGUGCGCAAUGGCAACUGCAAAUAUCACCUGGGAGAGGAGACGUUCAAACUGGCCCAGUCGUACAUGGACAAGUUAGCCAAACACGGUCACCAUGCCAACAAGGCUGCACUUUACGGAGAACUGUGUGCUCUGCUCUUUGCCAAAAGCCACUAUGAUGAGGCAUACCGCUGGUGUAUAGAGGCCAUGAAGGAGAUCACCGUUGGCCUUCCUGUGAAGGUGGUGGUUGAUGUCCUGAGACAAGCCUCUAAGGCAUGUGUUGUUAAAAGGGAGUUCAGGAAAGCUGAGCAGCUGAUAAAACAUGCAGUAUUUCUAGCACGGGAACAUUUUGGACACAAGCACCCAAAGUACUCUGAUACGCUGCUAGAUUAUGGAUUUUAUCUUCUAAAUGUGGAUAACAUUUGCCAGUCUGUUGCCAUAUAUCAGACUGCCCUGGAUAUUCGGCAGUCUGUGUUUGGAGGGAAAAACAUCCAUGUGGCCACAGCACACGAGGACCUAGCAUACUCCUCUUAUGUGCACCAGUACAGCUCUGGAAAAUUUGACAAUGCACUAUUUCAUGCAGAACGGGCCAUAGACAUCAUAACUCACAUUCUCCCUGAGGAUCAUCUACUACUGGCCUCCUCCAAGAGGGUGAAAGCACUGAUCCUGGAAGAAAUUGCCAUAGACUGCCAUAAUAAAGAAACGGAAGAGCGCCUUCUGCAGGAGGCCCACGACCUCCACCUCUCCUCCCUCCAGCUGGCCAAAAAAGCCUUUGGAGAGUUUAACGUCCAGACAGCGAAACAUUACGGCAACCUGGGCCGUCUCUACCAGUCGAUGCGCAAGUUCAAGGAGGCUGAGGAGAUGCACAUCAAGGCCAUCCAGAUCAAAGAGCAGUUACUGGGACAGGAGGACUAUGAGGUAGCUCUGUCUGUGGGACACCUGGCCUCCCUUUACAACUACGACAUGAACCAGUAUGAUGACGCUGAACGGCUCUACCUCCGCUCCAUCGCCAUUGGUAAGAAGCUGUUUGGAGAGGGCUACAGUGGACUGGAGUAUGAUUACAGAGGCUUGAUCAAGCUUUACAACUCUGUGGGGAAUUACGAGAAAGUGUUUGAGUACCACAACAUCCUGUCCAACUGGAACCGUUUGAGGGACAGGCAGUUUGCAGUGGCCGACGCCCUAGAGGACGUCAACACCAGCCCCCAGGCCACAGACGAAGUGGUGCAGUCCUUCCUGCUGUCAAACAGCCACGCUGUAGGACGUUCCUGUAUGGGUUAAAUUACAGGACCUUGUGGUCUUCAUUCCACACACCUACACUCACCUGCAUUCUCACACAUCCUCAUCUGGAUUUAUUCACACCUAAUCACACACAGCAGCGAGUGGGACUGGAUCCUAAAGCUGCAAGGUCACCCAUGUAAGCAGGUCCCACAGUCCUGUUAUUCACAUGAGCCCUGGUGAAGAGACAUGACAUCUCUACCAAUGCUAUCAGAACUCUUCUGGUGGAAAAACAGCCUUCUGAUGGCACCAAGUUCACGUUCCUGUAAAGGAUUUUUAGAUUUCAGAGGACCUGAUUAUUUAUCUGACUUGCUAAAAAAAAAAAAAAUGAGAGAAAAAUAGGCAGAAAAACAGAAAGCAGCCUAUUAGUUUUACAGAUUGAAAUAUAAAAUGCCGUUUUUUUUGUUUGUUUGUUUGUUUGUUGGGGGGGGGGGGCCUAGGGUGGGCUGCUAUCUGAAGUAUUGCGCCACACAUAUAUACUGUGGCUGCACUCCUAAUGCUAGGACAGCGUGCACGCUGAGGCAGGCUGGACAGAGAGACCCAUCACUUUCUUGGGACAAGUGAAGGACAGACACGCACCACAUAUGCUUGUGUUUAAGUUCUUUAUGAAGUUUGCCACUUCUCCACGCAAUGCAGAGCCCUGCAUUAAUGAUUACCCAUUUGUUCUGUUUUGGCAAGUAUGUGUUUGGAAACCUGUGUUACAUUUUAAUCAUUUCUGGUUUCUUUUUCCUUUCAUGCCAUGAUGAGAGGAAUGGACUUUAUGGACCAGUGGAUUUAUUAUUGCUUUUCAUGCGGAGUUUGUUUUUGUUUUUUUUUCCUGAUUUUUGUAUCCUUGCGUAUUAGUAUUGACAUAGUUUCAUUUAAAAAUGCCAAUAAUUUAUAUACAAAGUGUGCUAUAAAUUUGUAGGUGUAUCAUUGCAAGUGGAUGAGCCAAAAUGACUGAUUAAAACUGAUGGUGAGAACAUGGCUGCCAAUAUGAGUGAGUAGAGGGGGAGAGGACACACUAACCACUGCAGAGUCAAACGGCCGAGCAACAUUUAAACACAGCCUGACAAUGGUGAUGCACACGAGUGUUUCGUGUGGCCUGCUCUAAUUGGUCAUUAUUAUUAUCCUUUCAGAGCCCUAUUCAGAUUUGCACUGAUUAAGGCCCUUGGCCCUCUGCCAGAGAAAAGAGCUGAUCACUGCAACCGGCUUUGUGAAGAGGCUCCACUACAGAGGGACCAAUUGUGUUACGGUUGUGUUUAUAGUGUAGGGCUGGUGUGAACUGAUGAGCACUGUCAUGGAGGCAGACUUAAUUAGUCACCAUGUACCAUGCACAUGAUGGCUGUAAUCUCAUACUCCUGAUUAAUUAAAUCCUGACAGUUUGAUUUCUGUUACUUAUUAAUGAUCUCUCUCCACUUGUUCUAAAAUCCACAACUAAAAAGAUGCUUGGUGAAGCUUUAAACAAGGUUUACAUAGAAGCAUUUGUUACUUUUAACAGAGGCAGUAUUCUCAAACACAACUUUCCCAAUCACACAUUCAAACAUAUGAUUGUUAUAUUUUACAGGACUAUUGUUUUAAAUGAUGUUGGGGAUUUUUUUCUCUAUAUUAGGUGACAAGAUCAGAUUGUGAAGUGUAAUGUGUGAAUGUGUGUGUUAAUAGUAAAAAAAAAAAAAAAACAACAACAACAAAAUAGAAUAGUAAAUGCAGAGCGUUGCCUUGGUCUAGGUGGAGUGGUUUGGAAUGUACCGAUGCUGUCAUGCUGCAGUGAAGACCCCAGCGCUAAGUAAAGUCCCAGCCUUAGCCUUAAAGGACGCUAAGCUGGUGGUGCUCUGGCUUUGUCAGCCCAUACGUUUGCUUCAGACCCUGCCGUGAAAUUAGUAAAUUGAAUUGCAACACUAGCUCUCUUUUAGCUCUCAUAUUCCACUUUUGAGUGCACUGAGGUUAGCCUCACCCAUUAUACUGUUGAAAAUCUGAUUUCAACACCUUGCAGAUGAUAUAAAGGGAAUGGGAGUAGUGAAAAAGUUUGCCUUGUUUACACAGAAAAAUGUAUUAUUGGAAUAUUACAACACAACCAAUAAAAACAACCUGUGAUCUUGAUAAUGAGUAUUUCCCAUUUGAGUGAUGAUUUGUAAUAACAGGGCAGAGUUUUAUUGAUCAUCCUGAGGAUGUAGUCAGAUAUUUGUGACUGUAAAAUAACAGUAAAGAUGUAAUUUUGUUGUUUGGGAAUACAUUUCAUUUCUUCCACCAUUGUAAUAAGUUGAUGUAUGAGUCCAUGCACAUGAAAAAUAAGGGGAGAAAAAACAACAUAAAAAGUCAAUCUAUCUCACCCAGAUUAGAUACUUUUAUUCUAAAUGAUUUGUAUUCCUCAGUUGGUCCUGUAUGGUGUGGUGUAACAGUGUAGCGCAGUGGAGAUUUGGAAAUCGUUGAAAGAUCCGAAGGUAUUCAUUCUUGUCUCAAUUUAGUGGGGCAAUAGUUUCUAAAACAGAAAUGAUGGCCUUUCUUUAUUAGUAGUCAUCUAUUGCAUCUGUAAUUACAUAUACACUGAUGUAUAAACUUGCAAAUGGUUUAUAAUCCCAGAGAGUGCAUUGCAUAUAAACAGAAAUCUUGGAACUGAGAAAGUUUUCUGGCUCUAAUUUGCACUGAAUGAAUCACUGUUGAUGAACUAAUAGAAAAUGCUUGGAAUGUUGAAUGCUUUGUCAAUUUAUCACUUUACUGUUAUUACUAGAUGGCUGAAUAUGUUACCUGUAUAAAAUAUAUUGUAUUUGAGUCCGAACACUGCUGAGACUGGGAGCUAUUUUCCCAGAGUGCAUUGGGGAAUAGACAGCACACUGCAUGUUUCAUGAAGAAAGCCAGAUCAGACACUGCAAACUAUGAAAGGGAGCGGCCUUUCUCGAAUACUUCAUUAAAUUUGGAAAAGGUGCAUACAAUACUGGGGGAAAAACUCUUGUUAUAAGUUUAUUUAUAAUUUCCUAGUAGUUUGUAGUAGCUUGACUGUCAACUGAAUGAUUUGGUUGAAAUUCGCUUUUUCCGGGCUCCCAAGAGGCACAACAGAAAAAUGUUUGCCCUGUCUUCAGGAGAUCGUAAGUUUCAAUCCUGACAAUGCCACAGCUAUCCAUGGCCAGGACCCAAGGGAUCAAAUUUGGCUGUGUUCUCUGGGUUGGAGAGAUGUUCUCUCCCUCACUCUCUCUCACACUUCUGUGAGCCCAUGUAUGCGGAAGAGGGUAGAUAGCACUUUCUUCUGAGUGUUAUGCUGCGCUGUGACGCAGCCUGAGCAGCAGUUGGAAAAGAUCCUUCACCCUCCCCGUUUGGUAGCUGUUGUAUGAUAGGAAGAGCUUGACACUUUUUCCACCAGGCAGCAAGCCCGAACAAACUACUUAUUAUAUGAAGAUGCCAAGUUUAAUGAAGUAAUAUUCAAGUUUAUUUCAGGCUUAUAAUAAAGUAACAUCAAAAGGCUUUGCUUUUUGUUUUCAUGUAAUUAUGUACGUUUCUGUGCAUUGUAGCUUUGAUGGUAGCUGUGUAACUCAAGUUUUAGUAGCUUUCCCAACAGUGAGCCAAAAUGCUAAAUUUAUUUUUAUUUAAAAAUAUGUAAUUUUUAUGUCAUGCUAAAAAAAAUCUAAUUCAGAAACAUUUCCUUGACCAGUCUUGGCUCUGUUUUAAUACAUCGCUAUAAACAUGUUGAUCACUUUGGAAGUGUGGAGACAGCGACACUGACUUUAAUAAAACACAGCUAGUUUAAUCAUGGAAAUUGCCAUCAUCUAUAUUACUGCGUAUGAUCCUUUACUGUGGAAUAUUGCUUUAAAACUUAUUUUACACAUUGGGUUAGCACUUAUGGAACAUCUGUAGGAAGGAGGCUUUCUCUUGUUUAAAAAACAGACCUCAAUAAAAUACUUCUUUAACACACUUAAUCACUAUAGAGGUCAUGAAUCCUUGACAUCUUCACUGUUGGAUCAGUUAUUUGUUGUAAGUUUGUAUGUGUGUGUAGCUAAAAUCAUUUCUGCAUCUGUAACCAUCGAAUUUGUUCAGUUUUAUUGUAUCCACAGCAGCUGUGAACACCUGUAACUAGGGGCAAAAAGAAUAUAUAGCUGAUGUGGGCCUUGUAAAUUAUUUUCCUUUUGACAAAAUGAUAAGACCAAUAUUAAAACAUGAUUGUCUUCAAA